AUGUCAGUCAAAGAAUUCAAUGACAUUCUUCAAGUAAUUAAAGUUGAUAUUCAAAAGCAAAAUACAACAUUUCGAGAAGCUAUAUCUCCAAUGCAGAAACUGGCAGUUUGUUUAAGAUUUCUUGCCACCGGAGAUUCGUUUCAGACGAUAGCAUUUAGUUAUCGCCUUGGCCAUUCGACGGUGCAUUCUAUCGUGCAUGAAGUAUGUAAAGCAAUUGUAAACAAUUUAUUGGCUACAUGCAUUCCAGUGCCAACUGAAAGCGAUUGGCACGAUAUUGCCAAAACAUUUUGGAUGCAUUGGAACUUCCCGAACUGUAUAGGAGCAUUGGAUGGUAAACAUGUUCAAAUCUUGGCUCCUCCAAAUAGCGGAUCAAAUUACUUUAAUUACAAAAAAAAAUUUUCGGUUGUUUUACUUGCUUUAGUUGAUGCUAACUACAAGUUUAUUUUUGUUGAUAUUGAGUCGUACGGAAAGAAUAGCGAUGGGGGUAUUUUUGCUAAUUCUCAUUUAGGAAAACGUUUAGACAAUGGCACAUUAAAUAUUGCCAACCCUACAACAUAA